GAAUAGCUAGGCUCAAGAGCUUUAUUAUUGUUUCAUCUCUCUCAAUUCAUACCCUCAAACUUGUAUUUAGAUAUAGGAAACGCAGUUAAAGUUCUACUUUUUUCUAGUUCAACUACUUAAUACUGGUUCAUUUCAUGAAUCCCGAAUGAUGGCUCUGUACAACAUCUUAUCAUCAAAUGCUUAUCUUCAUUUUUCAAUCAUCACAAUAUUACUGAUUCUUCCUCGUACUACAAAUUCAAUCUCCUUCACCUUUCCAAGUUCCCCAGACAAAGAUAAAGAAUUGAUACAUCUCCAAGGUGAUUCAAUUAUAGCCGAUAACGCUAUUCAACUCACUAAAAAUGCAACCACAGGAAGUCUUGGCCGUGCAACCUAUUCAAAACCGAUACAAAUUUGGGAUGCAAACACUAAAAGGGUUGCAGAUUUUGACACACAUUUCUCCUUCGUCAUAGACACCAUAAAUGAUACUAACUCUAGUCAUGUUGAUGGUAUCACUUUCUUCCUAAUGCCUUACGGAUCUGAAAUUUCUCCGGAUUCUGGCGGUGGAUAUCUUGGUCUAAUGAGUUCGAAUGUUACCCAGGAAAACUUCCAAAUUUCGGCAGUGGAGUUCGACACUUAUGAGGAUCCAUGGGAUCCCAGUUCAGAUCAUGUUGGUAUCGACAUUAAUAACUCAGUAAUAUCUGUGUCUGAUGAGUCAUUAUAUACAAAUAGUAUGAAGAACGGAGCCAUAGCUAAUGCAUCUGUAAGUUAUAAUUCAACUACCAAAAACUUAAAUGUUACUCUAACUUAUAAUCAUUCUAGUGGUUCGAUUUCUGCAAGUUUGUACCAUAAUGUUGAUAUAAGCAGUGUUUUACCAGAAAAUAUCAGUGUUGGGUUUUCGGCGGCUAGUACUGGCACGGUGUUUAAUUAUCCGAAAAUCCUCUCCUGGGAAUUUAAUUCCAAUUUUAAGAAAACAAAAAGCGGCAUUAGUUCUGAAUUGGUGGUGGGUCUUAUUAUUGGUUUGGACUUUUUUGGUUGUUUGAUUGGUUUUGUUAUUUUUACCUGGUGGAGAAGGAAGAGGCGCCUCGCAAGAAAGUCAGAUCUUGAUGCAGCGAAUUCUGACGAGUUGAUGGACGAUGCAUUUGAGAAAGGAUCAGGACCUAAACGAUUCUUAUACAACGAACUUGUUUAUGCGACUAAUAACUUUCACGAGGCAGGUAAACUUGGAGAGGGAGGAUUUGGAGGCGUUUAUAGAGGGUUCUUAAGUGGUAUAGGCUUGGAUAUUGCUGUUAAGAGGAUAUCUAAAGGAUCGCAACAAGGAAAGAGAGAAUAUCAAUCAGAAGUAAAGGUUAUUAGCCAGUUACGGCAUAGAAAUUUGGUUCAACUCAUAGGUUGGAGCCAUGAGCGAAAUGAAUUGCUUCUCGUAUACGAAUUCAUGCCUAACCAGAGCCUUGAUAAGCAUCUUUUCCGUGGAGGGAUAAAUGUUCUAAGUUGGCAAGUCAGGUAUAAAAUAGCUCUUGGUUUAGCUUCUGCGUUGCUAUAUCUACACGAAUUAUGGGAACAAUGUGUACUUCACAGGGAUAUUAAAUCGAGUAAUGUAAUGUUGGAUUCAGAUUAUAAUGCUAAACUCGGUGACUUCGGUUUAGCACGGCUGGUUGAUCAUCAAUUAGGUUCUCAAACAACUGUGUUGGCCGGAACCCUGGGUUACUUAGCACCGGAAUGUUUAUAUACAAGUAAAUCUAGUAAAGAAUCUGAUGUUUAUAGUUUCGGGAUCGUUGCAUUGGAGAUUGCUUGUGGCAGAAAGCCGGUUGAACAAAACAAGGAAAACUUGGUAAAUUGGGUUUGGGAGCUCUAUGUAAAUGGUAAGAUUGUUGAAGCGGCCGACGAAAAACUAAAUAUGGAUUUCGACAGCCAACAAAUGGAACGUUUGUUGGUUUUAGGAUUAUGGUGUGCUCAUCCUGAUCCUACAACUAGACCUUCUAUUAGGCAAGUGAAGAAUCUUCUUAAUUACGAAUCCCCGUUGGUGAAUCUUCCAACAAAGUUGCCUUCUCCGAUAUAUAAUUAUGUGCCACGACUGCAUAUGUGCAAGCUUGCUUUUGAUUCAGCUUCUGGUCAUAACUCUAUAUCGCAGACAGAUGGUAGUCCAUGUACAUGCAGUAAUUGUUCCAUCACUAAUUUGUCUCAGGUGUCGACAAAGCCUUCUUCCUCAACAGAAUCUCUCAUACAUUCUUGUUAAAUCAGAUUGAUACAUGUUAAUUUUCUC